GCUCAGUUCUCCAUAUUCGUCUCAUUCAGCUUUUGGGAUAUCUUUUACAUGGGCCAGCCGAACGACAUCCGAACGACUAUCUGAUCAGAUGUAUGUUGCAUGACUGCGCCGCUUGGUGAACUGGUAAACAAGGCACGUCAGGCCACCAUUAAGCUGCCACGUUCGUCGGACGAUCUCACUCCUGCUUGUCUUGCGGUUCACUGUCGAAAAUUCAUAUAAAGGAAGUCGCUGCGGUACCUCGUUCUUUUACGCUGCUCUUAACAAAUACAGAAUUCAAUAUGGUUCAAAAUCGCGAAGUGUACAUUGCUGCGGCCGUGCGAACACCCAUUGGAGGAUUUGGAGGCUCCCUUGCCUCCUUUUCCGCCACUGAACUGGGUUCUUUUGUCAUCAAAGGUGCCUUGGCCAAAGCUAACAUACCAGCCGACGCAGUUGACGAGGUGUACUUUGGCAAUGUCUUGUCUGCCAACCUUGGACAAAACCCCGCUCGUCAGGCAGCCAUUGGCGCCGGCAUCCCGCAUAAGGUUCCCUGCACCACCGUAAACAAAGUGUGCGCUUCGGGCAUGAAGUCUAUUAUCUUCGCCGCCCAAACGAUUUUAUUGGGAAACGCUGAUGUGGUUGUCGCCGGGGGUAUGGAGAGCAUGUCGAAUACGCCAUAUUAUUUGCCAAAACAGCGGUGGGGCUCGAAAUACGGUCAUCAAGAGGUAGUCGACGGUGUGAUGAAGGACGGGUUGACUGAUGUGUACCACGGGUACGCAAUGGGUGUUGCGGCAGAGCUUUGCGCUAAGGAGCACCAGAUUGGGAGAAUAGAGCAGGACGACUAUGCCAUUGGAUCAUAUCAGAGAGCCCAGGCUGCAACAAAGGAUGGCCUGUUCAAUGAUGAGAUUGUACCCAUUGAAGUACCUGGUCAACGAGGAAAACCAGGAAAGGUGAUCACUGCAGAUGAUGAAGCAUCAAACCUAAAUGCCGAGAAACUCCGUGCGGUGAAGCCAGCCUUUCAACCUGUUGACGGUACGGUGACUGCCCCAAACUCCUCUACCCUCAGCGAUGGAGCUGCCUGCAUUAUCCUUGUCAGUGGUGACAAACUUGCCGAACUCAACAUCACACCUCUUGCUCGUAUUCGAGGCUGGGGCGAUGCAGCUCGUGAACCUGAGCGAUUCACCAUUGCUCCAUCCCUGGCGAUUCCCAAGGCGCUUAAACACGCCGGCGUAGCAUCCGUGAACGAUGUAGACUUUUUUGAAAUCAAUGAAGCUUUCUCAGUUGUUAGUGUGGCAAACCAGAAGAUACUUGGAUUGGAUGGCAACAAAGUAAAUGUAUUCGGCGGUGCAGUAGCACUGGGACACCCAUUGGGAUGUUCCGGGGCCAGAAUCGUGGCAACGUUGUGUAACGUCCUCCAACAGAAGGGUGGAACCAUUGGAUGCGCGGGCAUCUGCAAUGGGGGCGGGGGCGCCAGCGCCAUGGUGGUCGAGCUAUGCAAGGCUCGUUUGUAAAGUUUUUCAGUGAAUUAAUGUUAACAUAUAGACUAUUGUCAUGUUUUGCCCAACUUUAUGAAGUUCAGCAACAGUAAACAAAAAAAAGCCGAAAAUCUAUUCAAUAAAUACAAAAUGCGACAUAACAAUGCGAGAAGAUACCACGAUCCCAUGGAGGUAGCGCUCACGAACGAGCGUUUUGGACGAUCUUAAAGGCUUCCUCCAAUCCUGCAGCCACUGGACCUUCUUCUAUCUCCUCGGCCCCGAACAUCUUUGGUAGCGACAGGCCAACAGUGUUGGCGGUCCGCGUCAACUUCUCCUCAUUGCUGAGGCCGGCAGCAGGCCAAUACCUUUCAACGAGGUCCUGUAAGAGCACAAAUUAUAAAGUGUGUCAAUUAUAAUAACAAUGAGAUGUCUGUUGAAAAAAUCCAGGCAACGAACCCUAUGUUCCCGAUUGCUUCGCAUGAAAGUGAGAAUAUUCCUAGCAUCCUUCACCGAUUCUUCUAUUGUAACUGGGUCCGA